UUCUCACUCACCCACCACCCCUCUAAUCACCAAGUAACCAACAGCAUGCACCAGUGUCUCGAGAAUCUCGAUGUUCUGUCCCAAAUCCUUGACCAUAUUCCCGUACAAAAUCGCCCUCUGCUCUCCGCCCUCGCACGGACAUGUCGUGUAUUCGAAGCCCCGGCGCUGGACCGCCUCUGGCGCACGGUCGACCUCCACGUUCUGCGAGGUUUGUUUGCCUGCUUUCCGGAGGGCGCCGUGGAGACUACCAAUGAAGGGAACCGGAUGACAGUGUCAGUGCCUCUUCCCCGCCCACUUGUCCUGAGCGACUGGGAACGAUUCCGGAGCUACAGCGGGAGGAUUCGCGGACUGUACGUCAGGAGCGAUGCUCUCGAGACAUACGAAGCCGCGUUGGUAUGGCUGUCUGUGCGACUGCCGUGGGACAGUCUCCUCCCCCGCCUUCACGCCCUCGAUUGGAUCAUAUCCCUGACCUUUACACCCCACACACACAAUGCCAGGUCUUUUUCUGCUAUGAUGCGUCAUCUCCGGCUCUUCCUCUCCCCUAGCAUUCACCGACUUGGUUUGGACUGCAUGCUCGCUAACGAAGAGACACUGUCCCUUUUGCCAAUUAUUGCAAUCAAAGUGCCAGCUCUGGGUGAUCUCCGAAUCACCGAAGUGACCAUAAACCCGCCAGCGCCGCUGGCUGACCAACGAACGAUCAGUGCGCUCGUGAAAAGUCUGCCAGGGCUACGGAGGCUACACGUUCCCGUUCUUGAUCAUAACGCGUUGGACUAUCUUGGUAGCUUGUCCGGCUUUUCAUCGUUGUCUCUAUCGACUUUCUCCGCCGAUCUGCUACCUGGUAUACAGGCAUGCAGAUUUGCUACACUCACCUCGGUCAAGCUCUCGUCCGCUGACCUAGCCACCGUCACACACUUUCUCCAUUUGCUUCCAGUGGUGCAAGAGAUCUUCGUCCAACUGUCGAGGGGAAAUCACACCCCGGAGGAUAUCACGGCCCUGUUCACGGCGCUGACCGCCUCCCACUCUACCCUCUCCUCGCUAUGGCUUUCCCUGAACGCAGCUCUACGACGGGAGGAUUUUGUCACACUCUCCCGUGCUCGUUUCCCCAUGCUGCAUAAGCUCUUGCUCACUUGUAACAAAAUCGUGGGUCUUGAUGACGCGGCGCUGACGCAACUUGUUAUCCAAUGCCCCCAUCUGCGCGGGCUGCACCUGGACGAGAUGACGAAGCCUACGACCACAGCGCUGACCUUGAACGUGCUCGUCUCUGUCGCCCGCUGGUGCCCUGCCCUCAAAUCCAUCACCCUCACACUCAACGCGCGCAGUCCACCGGCACUUCAGCGGCGACCAGAGGACUCCAACGCUGUGCGGCCGCUUCAGCAUGAACUGCAUGACAUAGACUUCUGCUACUCCGAACUCGACAACGCGUUCACAGUCGCACGGUUCCUCUCCGGGCUGUUUCCUUCGCUGGUCCAGCUGCAAAACGACUGGGACGCUGACGUGCAGCAGCCGGAAAUGCUGCGCCGUUGGGGCGAGGUGCAAGCGCUACUUCCAGAUCUCCAGUCCAUCCGGCGAGAAGAGUGGGACUGGGCACAGCCACGAGGAUGA